UUACUCACAGGCCACAGUCAUGAGUCAUAUGUUGAAGUACUUCCACACAUACGAAGUAUCCGAAAGCUAGGAUUCACAUCAAUUUCGAGACUUUUUAUCUCGUUUUAAAGAGCUAAAUGUCAAGUAAGAGAUCAUUCAGAAAGGUUGUAAAGGAAUGGCGGGAGUAUUUAAACGAUGAAGCUAUUAAACCAACUUUCGAGCCGUUUUGGAGAACACAAUUAGGCAAAGGAAUUCGUAGAUUGACAUCAAGUGAACCUUCAACAAACAAAACUAGAGAAGAAGACAAAACUACUUGGUACGCGGGUGAAAACACAGAAAACGAAAGAGCCUUGCAUUUGGAUGACGCAUUCUUUGAGAAGAUCACUGAGUUAGACUGGAAGAAACAGAGUCUGAGGCCACAAUCAGAAGCAAUCAAGAACCUACCCUCAUCACAUGAUGAAACAGAUGAAUAUUCAGGUGACGAUGAUGAGGUAAAACAGGCGGCAACCAGACCUCCUCAUGAAAAGAAGAGACCACAACUUGAUAGAGAGAAGUCACUGGAACUAUACAGUCAACUUCUCUUUGUCACUAUCAACCAGUUUGUGUCAGAACAGCAGAGGAAAGAUGCCCCAUUGCAAGGAGAAAUAUAUGUUUAUGGUCAAGAAGUGUUUGGAAUAACGCAAGACAAACACCGAGAGUUGUUCUCUCGCGUCAAGGAACUCAAGCCACCAACUUGUCAUGUCGAAGUUAAAGUUCUUGAAGCAAGAGAUAUUGAAGCGAAAGAUGCCAAUGGAUUUAGCGAUCCUUAUUGCAUGCUUGGUGUUGUCACUGACAACUCGUUUGAUCGAAAAUUGAGACGGAAGUCGAGCAAAACAAAAACAGUGACUGAGCAACUUGAGGAAGACCUUAUUAAACUUACGUCAGUGAAGAAGAAAACUUUGAAUCCUACAUGGAACGAAACUAUCACAUUAAAAGUAAAUGAUGUUAUGACGCAGACCUUGCACUUGGAUAUGUGGGAUCAAGAUGAAGACGAUGCAUUUCUUGAUAAAGAUAACAGACUAACUCAGAUUAAAGGCGUUGCUGGGGUAGGACGUUUUCUCAAGCAAGUGGUUCAAUCAAGCAGGAAGUGUAGUGGAAGCACGAGCAUGGAUGAUUUUCUUGGAUUUGUUGAGUUCCCGAUUAAGGAUAUUCCGUCCAGUGGCAUAGAUCAAUGGUUUCCACUGCAAGCAAGAUCAGCAAAGUCAACGACACGUGGAGAUUGUCAUCUUGUUAUCAGACUUGUUGGACACCAGAAUAACAACAAUAGCAACAAUGAAGCAAAAUUCAGUCCAUCAAGACUUGAUACCUACGGUGCUUUUCUUAAAACCUUUGUAACCUAUGACGGAAGACAUGCGGAGGAUUUGGAUGAUGUUUUCGGCAGUGGAGAUUUGUCGAGAUUUGCUCAGUGGAUCCUACAUCAAUACGUUAUCCAAAAUAACAUCACGUUAUUACAGAGAGCCGUUUGUGAAUGGGAAGUGUACAGUGCUUAUCAUCAAACACAGCCUUUGAAAUAUUCAUUCUUGGAAGAACUUCUUUCGAGAAUUACUUACAACUGGAAAACAAGCGGACUGUCUGUCGUUGAAGAGGAGACAUUUCAUCAAUCUUUGGACGCAUUUCUAGAGCAUUGUCUUCGCCUGAUUGACAACCACCGCACUUUAUAUCCAGCGACUGAAUCAGGAAAACUAUCUCGUUUAAACAACAUGUUAAAUUGCAUUAAAACGAUUCAAACUAUCCCGAAUUACUGCGCAAGUCGUAGUAACAACAUAGAGGAAGAGAUUAGGAAUACAAUCAAGAUCUCGGCAGAAAGAUGGUAUACUGUCCAGUAUGCUUGGUUUGAACCUAAAGACCCGACUCUGGCUAGCGCUAUUUUAUCCAUGGUAUCACUCUCAGAGUUAAUCGUCACCGACCUCCUGAAAGCUCUUAAAUUCUACACCAAAAUAUUUAAAGAAAUUGACGUCGAUUAUUUCUCCCUUACUUAUCUUGCUUUGGAGAAACUGCUUGCCUCUGAUAUGCGUCAGUCGAUCUCAAAAAUGGAACCACAGGAAUUACAACUGGAAGUAGGGGAUGGUGAUUUAGGAACUAAACUUCUUUCCUUGUACUUGGCUGCAAAAGAAAUCAUGGAAUACAGCCAGUAUUUGCCUCUCAGCCAGAAAACAGAAUUGGCCUUUGAUAACAGUCAUGUUUGGUUCAAAGAGUUUAUUGAUCAUUGGUUCAAAGUUGCGAAAAAGAAAGCUCUUGCAAGGAUUGCCAAAGCAGUUGAAAUUGACCAGGCGAUGGUAGUGGAUACUAGUGUCAAAUAUUCCACCUCGGCUGUUGACGUCACGUGUUGUUUUUAUCAGCUCUGCCAAUUUUGGAAAAGAUUGCGAUGGCCGGAUGCCACAGGAAGCUAUCUUUUUGUCACUAAAUUAACUGAUGAUAUUUGCGAGGCUGCUCGUUACUACGCUGAUACUCUGGAAACAAAACUAAAGAAAAACGACUAUUAUGACGAUAAUCCAUCCUACUUUGGUGUCAGCGAGUCGUUGUGCAUCACAUUAAACAAUCUUGCAUACACUCAACAAUGGUUGGACGAGUUGGAAACUCAUCUUGACUGGCCGAGUAUCAUCAGUGGAAUGAUGCUGUCGCAUAACGAACGAGAGGCGAAGAAAUGCGAAGAGACAUUGAAGCAAUUGUCUGAGAAUGCUCAAGACGUGUUGUUGAGGAAAAUUGAUGAUAUGAUUGACCAUAUUGGAGAGAAGAUGUCGGUGGACAUCAAGAGAUUUGUCUCACAAUUAGUCGGGCAAGAUGAGAGUGUUGAUAUCUCAGAGGCCAUGGAUCCAUUAUUGAGUUAUCUUGAGAAAUCAAUGAGAACAUUCUACAGUACCUUGGUUCGUCCAGUAUUUGACAGAACUCUUCUUCGACUUUGGACAAUGGUCGUUGAUAAUAUUUCUUCCACCGUGGGAGGCGAUAAAGGAAAGCCUCCUAUCUUUUACGAACGUUUGAAUCAAGUUGUUGAGGUUCUGAUCGAUUUCUUCUGUGUUGACGGUAUUGGUAUUCCGCUGGAUAAGAUGAUGACAGAUGCUGUAAAAGUAUUGAUUGAAGACCUUCUCCUCGGUCAACUUUCCACUGAAAAACUGAUCGAAGAAUACUACGCUGAAAAGAUGAGGGGAAUAAGUGCUGAGAAACCAGCAGAGUUUGGUGAACUUGCCUUGAGAAUGUUUUAUGAUUUAAAGAAUGGAAAGCUUCAUAUUGAGCUGUUGAAUGGAAGAAAUUUGCCAGCUUUGGACUCGAAUGGGUAUUGUGACCCGUAUGUAAAGUUGCGUCUGGCUCCACGUCAUCUGUUUCCAACGGCAACAGUAGAGAGAACAGAAGUAAAAAAGAAGACACUGUUCCCAUUAUUUGAUGCGAAAUUUCAGUUUUCUGUUCCUGUGGAAGCCUGCAAACAGCCUGGGGCCCACCUUCAAAUGACAGUAUACGAUUAUGACGUCCUCACUGAUGACAUGGCGGGUCAAGUAUUUGCCACCUUGAAUUAUGUUCCAGGUCUUGACACUGAGAUCCCAGCAACGUUCUCUGGUAUUGAGCAAGUGAUAUUACCGUUGACACAUCCGACACUGGAAGGCACUCAUUUUGAGAUUUUAAAAGCAAGAAGCGACGAAGCAGCGGUGAAAUUUGUGAAACGGAGACAAGAUUUACACCACAAGAUGUUACUUAUGAGGGAUAAGUUAAAUAAGAGGUCUUAACACGCGGACAUAAACUACAUACGUGGAUAAUUCAUCACCUUAUUAAUGCAAAGAUGUAUAAAUCUGACAUAAAUCACAUAUGAGCUUAAAGCUCCCCGCUAGCGCAUCGUGGGGUGUAGAUAUGUUGGUUAUAUCAUAGACAAUUCAGAAGACAUCUUCAAGAAUACAUGGAUUGUCCAUGGUUAUUUUGACUCUUCCCAGUGAAAUGGGGUUCAUCUUUUUCUCGAAUAUGCGGUCUUUUAAACCACGAAUAUUUGUAUUGAGACUUGAUAAUGUAAUUAUUUAUAUAUUAGACAUAGUAGAGGUUUAAAGUGAAAAUUUUA